AUGAGAUACUGUCAGCCUUCAGGCCGAACCUAUGAGAGCUUCAAGCUUUUCAUUCGCCUUUACACUCCUGCAUCGCCAUACAUCAUCGCCUUGGGCAACCUCGGAAUCGGCAUCCUCCCGCAUAUCAUCCCUUUCCUCUUGACGACCACUAUAUUCUCGGCCGGCAGCGCCUGUGCCUACUGUUCGACGAGGACGCCCUACGGCCUGGCGCUCGAGGGGAGGGCCCCUCGCUUCCUGACCAAGAUGACGAAGACGGGUACCCCGGUGUACUGCCUCGGCGUCGCACUCGACUGGUUGAUUUCCCUGACGACCGCGGCAACUGUUAUAGACUACAUUGUCAUCUGUUUCACCUACAUCUGCUUCUAUAUGGCCUACAAGACCCAAAACUUUGAUCGUUCUCGUCUUACCUAUGUCGGUCGCUUUCAGCCGAUCAGUGCGUACGUCGGCCUUGUCUGGAUGACCUGUGUCGUCAUCUGCUACGGAUACAGGUCGCUCAACCCAUUCAGCGCAACGUCGUUCUUCAUACAAUACGCCAUGGUUCAUAUGGCGUCUCUAAUCUUCUGCUUCUGGAAAUACUACAAGCGCACAAAGACUUCACAGCCGUAUAAGGUUCACCUCGUGUGGGAUGCCCCUUGGGUAGCUACAUACGAGGAGCUGUUGAGUGAAGUUGAGCCUCUUGUCGGGUUUCUGCGAGAUAUAUGCAAUUACUUCUCAUUGAAGGCUGGGGGCUUUUGGGAAGAGGCGGAGUCGUAG